GUUCCUGCGGCAGCUUUUCUCGUUAUCAUAGAACGAAAUCUACAAAUUGAAGACCAGGAAGUAACGACUCGUAAAGGUCAUAUUAACAUGGUGUUUUAUCUGUUUUGGUUGCAUGUCUAUCAAUUGUUGACUGUUUUGUGUUUUUUCUGGACUGAUUUUGUCCCUGGAUUUGGUUAUACAGAUAACAUUUAUCAUUUCUGGGAGAAGUACGUAUAUUUCUAAUUCAAUUAUAUACAAAGUUAUUCUGUGUUGGUGUAGUGCCCGCGUUUUUAAUUCAAUUAUAUACAAAGUUUUUUCUGUGUUGGUGUAGUUUUUCUGUGUUGGUGCAUGUACUGACCGCGUAGCUCAGUUGGCAGAGCAUUGGGCUAGUACUCCAAAGGUCGUAGGUUCGAUUCCCACCGUGGACAGGCAUAUUUCAAGCUUGGUCGAUGUGGAUAUACACUCAGCGUAACAUCACAAGCAUCAUUAUAUACAUGCAAUGUGUAAUUAUAAUACAUAUGUCAUAUAAAAUGUCAUUUUGAUUGGCUGAAAUGCAUGCUCAAUAAUUCGAUCGCGCACGGCAUAAAAGCGCGGGAAAUUUUUGCCUCUUUUGAUAUCAAUAAAAAAUAACUUGUUGAAUAGAAACAAACUCACUUUUGACAGACAAUUGACUUAUUUUAACCAAAUUAUGUGUAAUAUAAGAAGCAACGUUUUAAGGACGCUUAUAUUCGUCUCGGUUACGAUAUCUUUUCAAUACUUUUUCUAGUUGGUGGUUUGGUGUAAGAUGCUUCUUUGGUGGAGCGGGAUGCGACUCAAAGUGUGGGGUGCGAGGAACAAUGUUCGUCCUGUUGUAUGCGAUGAGCUAUUUUGGAAUUGCAAAUUUGACGAGGUUUUCAGAAGGCGCUACAUUUGUUGCUAUUGUUAAUGUAAGUUACGGUUGUAACUAUAUCAGAGCAUGGUCAAUCGAGUUUGUCGGUACAAAUACGGCAAACCAAACGUCAAAGUCCCUAUGA